AUGGCUCAAGCCAUUUCGAUUGAAGGUGGGCCUUCGUCCCGCGCCAAACAGUGGCGGUCCACACCUGGAGUGGACGAGCCACUGCGUGCGAGAUUCGGCGACAUGGGGUGCGUGGACUCCAAAUCACCCAAUCCCACUGAGUCGUGCAGCAUCGACAAUCCCGCCACUGCCGUGUCAAAAGGUAAUCAGUCUGCUCCAGCAAGCCCGGGGUCGUCGACGCAGAGUACCAGAACAGGCUCGAAGUCGGAUUCCAGGAUGUCGACCUCGUCGGUGGCUUCCGAGCGGUCCAGGGAGAGCAUAUUGGGCAGGUUUGCCUUUGCGAAGGGGGACAAAGCUCUGCUGGGCGAGGGCACGUCGAGCGUGUGCUACCUUGGCAGCGACGUGGAGACUGGGGAUGCCGUGGCGAUCAAGGUGUACAAGCCCUCCAGGAAGGGGUCUGCCACGCUCGCCAAGUUCAAGCGCCAGGUCAGCGUGCUGCAGGAGCUGCAGCGGCCCCUGGAGAGGCCCGCGGAGGAGGCGCUCUGGUGCGAGGAGCUGGCCAGCGCCGACCCCGCCGACCUCUUCCUGAAGCUCUUGGACUUCUCCAAGGAUUCCGACGGGGAGCCGGCUCCGGACCAGGCGGACGGCCGCCUGUACAUCGUGACUGAAUUGGCUCAGUGCACCUUGAAGGACUGGUUGCGGCUGAGGAGCCAGAGGAGCUCCCCGCUGUCCGCCGAGAGCGUCCGCAAGAUCGCCGGGGAGGUCGUGCUGGCCACGGCCUGGCUACACGCUAAAGGCUUCGUCCACCUCGAUAUUAAGCCAGAGAACAUCAUGAUGUGUGGCGGCCGGUGGAAGCUCAUCGACAUGGACGGCUGUGUGCGCGCUGGCUCGGUAAUCAAGAUGUACAAUAGCUCAGUCUCAUUCUCACCAUGCUAUUGCGCCCCAGAGUUUGCCCGCCUGGUUGUGAAAGGCAGCAGCAUGGUGGUGAAGCCAAGUAUGGACGCGUGGAGCGUGGGCAUGACGAUUGCUGAGCUGGUCAACUUGUGCCCCCUGCUGCGGGCAAAGUACCAGCAGAUCAGCGCUGGCCAGUCGGCCCAGGCAGGCACCAUGUCAUUUCUGAAGUGGCUCGGGGCCAUGCAGGCCAUGGGGCUACCGAGGCGUCCCGCAUGGUCACAGGAGGGCCAGUUCAAGGCCCUGCUGUACACAUGUCUGCUCGUGCCCGACCCGGAGUUCCGGAACACGCUGGCGCAGAGCCUGCGUGCCCCGUACUUUCGACGGCAGAACAUGGGCUGA